CUGCUAAUGACAAAAGGGACUGAUAGAUAUCCGGUUGAAGUCAAAAGAGUCUAUUGGAAGCUUGGUUAAAGAUUAUAAAUCUUCGAAUAUGCGGUUGUUAUUAUUCCUUGUGCUCCUAUUUUUCCUGGCUGGCGGACUUUCAUGCUUUCGUUUGGCUAUUAGAGUUUGUUUUAGAGAUACAGCUACAAAUACUGAGAGCGAAUGUGCCUUUUGCAAUCCAAGAACUUUGCAGGUCACGAUGAGAAAUUGUACAGGUACUCAGGAUGGCAUCCCAAAUAAUUUGUGGACUGAAGUGCAGAAGCGGUGCAUUCUCAGAACAUGUCGCCAGCAACAUCCAAGCCAAAAAGUGCUUCCAACAAUAUUUCCAGUGGGAACAAAUCGAAUGGUUAGAGAAGAAGAAUGAAACGUGAAACAAUCGGAUGAAUGAUGAUUCUUCUGUUAUUACACAUUUACAUGAUUUAAAUAAUUAUUCUUUAUUUUUUUCAUUGCAAUUGUAAUU